ACAAACAGAGGAUACAGAGCCCCCACAGCCUAUAUGCUAAUGGCUCGUUCAAUCUUAUACCUUCAUCUUCUGGUCUCAUCUUUUCUCUUUUUGGUUUCAGUGCUGAGUGCUGUUCAUGUUAGCAAAAGGUGCUACAUUGUAUACUUGGGAGCACAUUCUCAUGGUUCAAGACCUUCCUCUGUUGAUCUUGAAACUGCCACAUCUUCUCAUUAUGAAUUACUGGGUUCAGUCUUGGGAAGCAAUGAGAAGGCCAAAGAAGCAAUUAUUAUUCAUAUAAUAAACACAUCAAUGGAUUUGCAGCUUUACUUGAGGAGGAAGAAGCAGCUCAGAUUGCAAAAAAACCAAAUGUAGUAUCUGUGUUUUUGAGCAAGGAGCAUAAACUGCACACUACCCGUUCAUGGGAGUUUCUUGGGCUGGGUAGAAAUGGUAUUGGAAAUGGUGGGAACACAGCAUGGCAAAAGGGAAGAUUGGUGAAAACACAAUCAUAGGUAGCAUUGAUACAGGUAAUCUUUACCACACUGAUCUAUCUUUAUAAUCCAAUCAGAAUCUAUGAACAACUCUUUUCAGAACAACAUUCUAUAUUAAUAUUGUUUCAAUUUUUUUAAUUUAAUGAGUAUAUCUUCACUCUGGAUCAUAGUUUAU